CAAACAACAAACCCACAACAUACAAGUGAAACUAAUAUAAGCGUGUUAAAAAGUAACAUUUGCAAUAUUUUAAAUUGAUUUUAACAAAUAAAAACGUGAUUUGGCUUUAUAAUCAUAUUAUAAUAUCUAGUUACAACCUAACGGUUCUAUACACUUUUUAAUGAUGGAGAUAAUUUCAUUACAAACUAUAUUUUUGUUUUACUUAAUAAAUAUUUUGUAUUGUGCAGUAGCGAAACCAUUAGGUUCAAAUUAUGAAAAAGUAUCCGAGGAAUUGAAAGAUUUAAUAGAAAACACUCAUGAUUAUGCUUGCUUUGAUUCUUCAGAAAAUUGGAUUCAUAAAAAUGAAGAAUAUUUCAAUGAUGAUUUGAAAACGGUAUAUGACUAUAUUAAAAAUAAUGAUGGUAGUGUGUCUCUAAAUAAAGCAAAUGAUUAUCUUAAAAGUGUUGGUUGUAAAAUUGACCAAGGACAAACAAGCAAUCCCAUAACAUUGAAAUGCUUCGAUGAUUUUUUAAAAUAUGUUCAAGAAAUAAUGAAGGAUAUUAAAUAUGAAGUAUAAUGACUUUUUUUUCGUAUAUUCAACAUAUAAUAUGUAUCAUGUACUUUAAUAUUAGAGAAUAUUUCACCUUAUUGUCAUAAAAAUGUCAAAUAAAUAUGUGUUUAUAUUUAUAAAAUUGAAUUAA